AUGACUACCAACAACACACAAGUAGAUAUUGAGUAUCUUCUCCAGAGACUAAGGGAAGCUAAUGACAUUCUUUUGAGGGCACGAACAUCGUUAUCCGUCCCCGGCGGUGUUGGCAACGAUCACCUGGAUUACCUUCAGGACUUUCAUGACAUCUCAAUAGUUCCUUUUCUACAACAAAUUCAUCAAAUCGAAAAUCAAAUUAAUGGGUUACCAGACAGGGAUUAUUUCCUCGAGCCCAUUGUCACAGCUUUCAACAGUUUUAGAGAUUUAGCUCAACAGCUUGAGCGCAUAAUUCGAGAAUCUCGCGAGGCGCCAACUGACAGAGAGGCUGUGGAGAGGCUAUCUCAAAUAAUAAUUGCAGCCAAUCAUUUUAAUGCAGAAGCUGUGUGUCCGAUUUGCACAGAGCCUUUUCAACUGGGGGAUGACGCUCGACAGAUGCCUUGUCAUGAAGCCCACAUAUUCCAUGCUCGCUGCCUUCUUCCAUGGCUGGAAAGGCGUAAUUCUUGUCCCAUCUGUAGAGCUCGUUUACUCACAUCAAUGAAUGCAAGUCCGGAUUCUGUGGGCGAUGCAUUCGAUGUAUCCACAACCUCAAAUAAUGGCUAG